GCGGAGGUGGAUCCAGCUUUACUCCAGGCUGAAGGGGAGGUUGCACAACCCGGCCCCGGGGGAGAGCGAGGCGGGUUCAGGCUUUGCUCAGCUUUUGGCUCCAGCCCUCUUUGCUUUCCAUAACCUUCCUCUGGCGUCUGUGUAGCGCUUUACUACCCCGGAGCCAUUCGGGAUUCAGCUCCCCAGAGGAGGAGGAGGUGGCUCUAGAGGAUGUCGACCUACAAGCGAGCGACGCUGGACGACGAAGACCCUCUGGACUCCCUUGGUGACGGGGAUGGAUACCCCAACGGCUUCCAGGUGAACCUGCGCGGCUCGCGGGGCGGCCGCGGCUGCUGGGCCGAGCGGACACGCGCCGAGAAGCAGCUGCUAGUGCUGGUGGGGGUGCUGGCAGUGGUGCUGCUGGCCUGUCUGCUGGGACUCAUCUUCCAGUACAGAGCCAGGCCGCCUGCCGUGUGCCUGUCGGAGUCCUGCAUCUCCGUCACCAGCUCCAUCCUCAGCUCGCUGGACCAGGCAGUGAAUCCCUGCGAGGACUUUUUCAGCUACGCCUGCGGGGGCUGGAUCAAGGCCAACCCCCUCCCCGACGGCCACUCGCGCUGGGGCACCUUCAACAACCUCUGGGAGCACAACCAGGCCAUCAUGAAGCACCUGCUGGAAAACACCACGGCCAACGUGUCGAGCGAGGCGGAGCGCAAGGCACAGCGCUAUUACCAGGCCUGCAUGAACGAGAGCAAGAUCGAGGAGCUGCGUGCCACCCCCCUCAUGGAGCUCAUCCAAAAGCUGGGUGGGUGGAACAUCACAGGAACCUGGGCCGGUGGCAGCUUCAAUGAGACGCUGCGGGAGGUGACGGCGCAUUACCGCACCUCGCCCUUCUUCUCCGUCUACGUCAGCGCCGACUCCAAGAACUCCAACAGCAACGUCAUCCAGGUGGAUCAGUCGGGGCUGGGCCUGCCCUCGCGGGAUUACUACCUGAACAAGACGGAGAAUGAGAAGGUGCUUGCUGGCUACCUGAACUACAUGGUGCAGCUGGGGAUGUUCCUGGGAGGCACCGAUGAGGAGUCGACGCGCCAGCAGAUGCAGCAGAUCCUGGACUUCGAGACGGCGUUGGCCAACAUCACCAUCCCCCAGGAGAAGCACCGGGAUGAGGAGGUCAUCUACCAUAAAAUGACAGCUGGAGACCUAAAGGAUCUGGCACCAGCUGUGGACUGGAUGCCUUUCCUCUCCACGGUCUUCUACCCCGUGGAGCUCAACGAGUCAGAGCCCGUCGUGGUCUACGCCAAGGAGUACCUGGAGCAGGUCUCUGACCUCAUCCUGGCCACAGAUAAGUGUCUCCUCAACAACUACAUGAUCUGGAACCUGGUGCGGAAAACCAGCCCCUUCCUUGACCAGCGCUUCCAAGAUGCCGAGGAAAAAUUCAUGGAAGUGAUGUAUGGGACGAAAAAGACCUGCCUCCCACGCUGGAAGUUUUGCAUCAGCGACACAGACAACAACCUGGGCUUCGCCCUGGGGGCCAUGUUCGUCAAGGCCACCUUCGCCGAGGACAGCAAGCAGGUGGCAGAGGAAAUGAUUGCAGAGAUUAAAACCGCCUUCGAGGAAAGCCUGGAGACGCUGCAGUGGAUGGACGAAGAGACGAGGAAGUCGGCCAAAGAGAAGGCAGAUGCCAUCUACAACAUGAUUGGCUACCCCAAGUUCAUCAUGGACCCCAAGGAGCUCGAUAAAGUCUUUAAUGACUACGAGGCCGUGUCCGACCUCUACUUCGAGAACGUCAUGCAGUUUUACAACUUCUCGGCCAGGGUCACGGCCGACCAGCUCCGCAAGCCGCCGAACCGCGACCAGUGGAGCAUGACGCCUCCGACAGUCAACGCGUACUACUCUCCCACCAAGAACGAGAUCGUCUUCCCCGCCGGCAUCCUCCAGGCCCCCUUUUACACCCGGGCAUCCCCCAAGUCCCUGAAUUUUGGUGGGAUUGGCGUGGUGGUGGGCCAUGAGCUGACACAUGCCUUCGAUGACCAAGGCCGGGAAUACGACAAGGACGGCAACUUGCGGCCCUGGUGGAAGAACUCCUCGGUGGAGGCCUUCAAGCGUCAGACAGAGUGCAUGGUGGAGCAGUACGGCAACUACACCGUCAACGGCGAGGCCGUCAAUGGCAAGCACACCCUCGGGGAGAACAUUGCCGACAACGGGGGCCUCAAGGCCGCCUACAGGGCAUACCAGAACUGGCUGAAAAAGAACGGGGAUGAGGAAACCCUCCCGACCCUCGGCCUCACCAACCACCAGCUCUUUUUCGUUGGCUUUGCUCAGGUGUGGUGUUCGGUUCGCACGCCGGAGAGCUCUCACGAGGGGCUCAUCACCGACCCCCACAGCCCCUCGCGCUUCCGCGUCAUCGGCACCGUCUCCAACUCGCGGGAGUUCGCAGAGCACUUCGGCUGCCCCGUGGGCUCCCCCAUGAACCCCCCCAAGAAGUGCGAGGUCUGGUGAAGGGCGAGCGCCCCAGCGGGUGCCAGGGGCCGGUUGCUCCAUCCUCUGCUGGGCUUCCCCGGCCCCGUGAGGCUCAAACCACUGCUCCGCGCCGGGGAGGGCCCAGCGCAGCCAGAGCUGCCCCGGUAUCGUCCGAGGUUCGAUCCACUGUGAAAACUCCCCAUCCCCUCGCUCGCUGGUGAAAUGACUGCAGUUUGGGGGGGGGUCUCUUCUUUCCCACCAUGUCCACGGGCACUACCCUGAACCGCCACCCCAGCAAAAUCCCUCUUUUUUUGGAGGGUGUAAAGGGAACUCCCGGCGCUGGCAGGUUUGUCUGCGUGUCUGAGCACACCCGACGUACCUUCCUCUCGCCAAAGAUGCGCACACGAGGAUGGAAAAUAUUUUAAGAUGUAUUUUUUUGGGGGGGUGGGGGGAAAUAUAUAUAUUUUUUUCAUGCAUUGUGGAAUACACUGGAAGAUUUCAGGGAAAAUGCAUUUAAAAGCCUUUUUUUUAGUAAAAGAUUAGUAUAUUUAUUAUUUUUUUUUACUUAGUGCAGCUGUAGGUGCAGCACCCUGUGGUGACAGUCCCUUUGCCAGGGAAGCUGGGUGGGGCCAUGGAUAUAACUUUCCAGCCUUGGAUCCUGUUUCUCCAGGAGGGGCUGUCCUCAGAGGAUGCUUGUGGGAAAAGUGGGGACAGCAGGCUUGGGGACAGGGCUGGAGGGUGCUGCAAGGCACAGAGGCUGUGCCGGGAUGCUCCUGGGAUUAGCUUUAAUUUGGGAGUGCAAAGGGAAAA